GUAUGACGUGAUCAUCUUCUAAAAAUAGAAUGGGAGUUCCUUGUUUUUAUAAAAUGGCCGUAACUGCCAGCAGCAUCCCAUAGGCAUAGCAGACGUUGUUAGCGUUAAUUUCAGUUGAGCUUACAAUAAAAGCCAAAUCCAAAAACUUGUCACCAUGGUCAAACAACUCAUGGACAUGUGUAUAGGCUGCAUAGCCCAGAACCUUCACGCAAUCAGCAACGUUGGCAAGCACCUUCCCACAUUACAUAAAGAGAAGAUUCUACAAUGGGUUGUCGAUCAUAACAUGCUGACUGCACAAUACUUGCCACACGUCACGUACCAUCUCUUCUCACCGGUGCUGAGGUCCAUCUCUUUCAACGAAUGUGAACAGAUUACCGACAAGCUCCUCGUUCAGCUCGAUGCGUGCAAAUGUAAUCUUGAGAGUAUCAAGAUUGAAGGGUGUAAGGCUACAGAUGUUGGUGUAUCAGCUCUGCUGAGCCAUCAAGUUGAACUGCAGAUAUUGGUAUUGAAAGAUGUAGAUGAAAUGACUGGAACAGGGCUAGAAGUACUCAGGUCAAAGAAAUUAAAAGAAGUCGACCUCUCCCAGUGCACAAACCUUAUUAACAAAAGCCUUGUACAACUUGUGACAAGAAAUCCAACAAUAUCAAGAUUGAAUCUAGGUUCCUGUUAUAAGAUCACUCAUGAGGUCAUCCCUACCAUCGCAGCAACUCUUUCUCAUGAACUUGAGCAUUUAGAUCUUAGUAGUAUCCACACUAUAGAAGAUGAAGAUCUUGUUGUUUUAUCACAGCAUUGUAAAAACUUACAAGGAAUCGUACUUCAUGGAUGUAACAGAGUAACCAGAACAGGAAUUAUGGCACUGAACAGAGAAUGCACCAAGCUCCAGCUCCUUGACGUCUCCUUCUGCUACAAGCUCCAGGAAAGCUCCAACAAGGAUUGCUUGACAGAGCUCCCUGUUAGUCUCAAGAACCUUGUCCUGUCUGGGCUUCAGCUAGAUGGUGGGGACAUCCAUGCAACAGUCUCUAGGUUACCCAAGCUAGACACUCUUAGACUAUGCGGGAUUAAUUCUAUUACUGAAGAAAGUGCUGUAAAGAUUUUUGAGACAGUUGGUCCUCAGCUGAUAAGUUUGGAUAUGACAGGAUGCCAUCAGAUCAUGACUGAUGAUAUCCUUAGACUCAUUGUCAAGAAUUGUAAAGCUCUAGAGGAGAUCUGUCUUGCAUUCUGUAUGAAGUUGACCGGUGAGCCGUUACGGAUGCUCUUCAGAGAUGCUGAAAGGUCUGGUAAUCUGACGCUGUUCAGGGUCAGUGGCUGUAAAGAUCUAUACCAUGACAUCCUAUUGGAUAUGAGUAAAGCCUGUGUAAACCUGACCAGAUUGUACAUGGCUGGAAUCAAGAGUGUUGAUGACACCUUGCUCUUCUCCAUUGCAAAUCAUAUGCCUCAUCUUAAAAAUAUCUCACUCAAAAGCUGCGUUGGUACAGUCGCAGACCAGGUGACGGAUAACGGUGUUGUUGAACUGACAAGAUGCUGCCCUCUGGAGGAUAUCUGCCUUGCUGGAAUCCAUAGCAUCACCGAUAAGAGUGUUUUUGCUCUGGCCAACAACUGCCCUGACCUCAAGACUCUCUUUGUAUCAGGAUGCACUAAGGUCACAACGCAAGCAACAAAUUACUUACAGGACGUGUGUAAUGACAAGGUAUAUGUCUACCAUCGCCUUCCUAAUGCUGAUCCAAACCUCGUCAUGGCCAAGAAUCUUGAUACAGGUGAAUUUUGCCAGGUUGAUCAGACAAAAUGGACUAUGUGGUAACCAUGACAAUGUUAUUUAGUUAUUUCAAUGUCUUUCUCAUGUCAUCCAAGAUCUGGGGAAAUAUGGGAAGCAUUUCAUGAAGCAUCUUGUCAGUUUUACUUAACUAAUAGCGUCUUUACACACGACUCAGCUCGAGUGUUGAAUCCUCAGGCAGAGUCGAACGCUGCGAAGAGGGUAAGUGUGGAAGCGUCUAUACUGAAACAAAAAAGGCGAGUUCGACACGGCCCACAGAUCAUGAACGGAAGUAGAAUAGAUGUCACAAAUAUGCCGUGUUUGACUGAGGUCAUGCGGGUUCGACACGGCUUUCUAUUUACACAAAAAAAAAUAUGCGAGUCUGACUCAGCUCGCGGGUUGAACCCUACGAUUUUGGCGGAUCAAAAAAAAAAGUGUUCGACAUGGCUCGCGGAUCACACUGAUCGCGUUUAUACAGCAUAAAGUUGCCAUGUUGAGCACAACUUGCGUGUCAAACCCUUGAGCCGAGUCACUGUGUAAACACGGUAUUAAUUGCUCCAAGCCAGCCAAUCAGAUGCUAGGAUUUCAGUAACUUAUUACAGUUGCCAGUGAAAAUCACUGAAUCUUCGCUUCAUGAAAUGCUCCUAGAUGAUCUUUGUCACCAUCUCAAUAUUUGAAAUGUUCAUCUUUAUAAAGAGCAUAAUGCUUGUAGAAUGUUUAGGGUUGCAGAGAUGCUGAGAAGUUUCAUUUUAUCUAAAGCUAUGCCAAAUCUUUCUGGUUUCAAAUAAUUUAUAUUUUUAAAAUUUUUUAUUAUUUUUUUUGGGGGGAGGGGUGGGAUUUUUACUCUUUAGGGCCCAUAUCUCCUAGUAGGCCCACGGGAGAGCAAGGCUUUUUCUUUCAAAUCACCUUUCAAACACUGUCAGUAAUACAGGAAAUUUUAGUGCCUCAAGGCAGGUCAGAUGGACACACAAGGCUUGUUGCUUUGGGCUAAUGCUGAGUCUGACAGGGAAUAUUUUUCUUAUGAUCAUUCAUUCCUAAUCUUCUAAUUGUAUUGAACUACAUAUGUGUUUAAUGAGAUUGUGGAAAAUAAAUUCAAUCCAAUUCAAUUCAAAUGAAAACUGGGCUAUUUUCCAUUCUUAUGAUGCUCCUUCUUUUAUUUUAGGGGCUAAAUUAGCUUCACAUCAUUUUUGGGGGCUGUUUUUUUCCUGCUUUCAAUUACAGAAUGUACAUGUGAUCUUUAUUAACUGGUUAUGUACUUACAUUUACUGAAAUUGUUGUACUUGUUACACAGUGACUCUCAACUUAUAUUCAUAUGAUAUCGUGGUAAAGGUCAUAUUCUUUGGUGACAUAUAUGGUAUAUUAGGUUUUACUAAACCACUAUCUUAAUGCUAUUCAUUUUGUAAAAAAAAAAAACACCUUUUUAAAAUCUGCGGUACAUAUCUUUACAUAUUUCCUGAAAAUAUAGUUCAUGUCUGAGUUCAUGGUCCUGUGACAUAAAUAUUUGCAAUCAUUUACAAGGAUUUAUUGGUUGAUAGCUAGUUGGACAAUUUGACGUUACUUGAAUGUAACAGUGAUCCUAAUUGGCCAUUGGCCUUUUGUGUUUGACCACAAAGAUGUUACCGGUCCCAAAUCUCUCUCUCUGUCUCUCUUUUUCUUUCUCUCUUCUUCCUUGUAUUGAUAUUCAAAUAUAGUUGCUUUUACAAUUGACAGCAAACAUUUAUGUAACCAGUCAAAUUCUUCUCUUUUUCUACACCAAGUUGAAUAGUAAUUUUGAUUUAUAUUUGAAUCAUUCUACAUUUUUAUUGAUGAAAUGUGUUAUUGUAAUUUGUCACCACUGCGAUUCAUAUUUCUGUGGUGAAGAGGGAGACGGCCAUUGUUGAGAUUUCUUUCCUUAAUUGAAGUAAAUACCCUUCUAAACCUACAACUGACAUCCAUUUGUGUACAUGGGACCACUGUAAGUACCAAUAUUCCAUGUUUAUUUACUUCCGUAUUUGUUGCAUGUUCAUCAUUUUAUAUUUGAUAUACUCAUGACUAAUCCAGUCAUUAAAAUAAUUAUUGUAACGUUAAGUGCAAUUUUCUUUUACUUUCCUAUCUCUCCAGCUUCUUAUGGUUUUCUUGUUAAGUCGAGCAAAUUUUAAAAAUAGAAAAUACUACUCUGAUUUCAUACUUUACAUUUUUGAUAGAAUCAAAAUUUUAAUAUAGAAAUUCGUUUCUAAUUGAAGUUAAUAUUAUAAUUCAUAUAAUUGUUGAAAUGGCUCAGUUAGAUGGAAUAUUAUGUCAAUUGAGUAUAGGAAAUUCUUGUCUCAACUGUCAAAUUUCAAUCAAUAUUACCAUAUGUUCUUGUAUGCCCACUACACCUGAUAUAUAUUAUACUACUUUAUAUUCAUAUCAAUAUGAUUUCUGCUACCAUACUGUUCUUGCAUACUGUACAGUAUAUCAAAGUGUCUCUUUGCCUAUUCCAAAGGCCCUUUUUAUAUAUUUUUUUAAUGCCAUGGUUUGUUUUUACCAAGACUCACUAUUUGCUGAUGCUAAUAUUACAUCUAUGCUUUUAAGAUCCAUUUAAAGCUUAUAAGCAGUUGGUGUAUUUCUCAGAUCACUCUCAUACCACAUGGUCUAAACCCAUUCGGUCUUCUCUAAAUCUUUGGUCUGAUGACCGUUUGUUCUACACUAUACUUGGUCGUACAAUGUAGUCUAAUUCUAUUUUUUCAUCUAAUACCCAGAUGGUGUCAUUUCCACUUCAUCUACUAAUUAUUUUGCACUCUUUCAAUGAAAAUUUGAUUCAUACACAGUCCAUCUA